AUGGGGAGCAAGCAUGUGCCAGUUGCCAUGGCAAGCUUCUCGGAGGACCCGAAGAACUACACCGAAGCGAUGAACUCUGACCGUGCCGCUGAUUGGAGCAAGGCAAUGGCCGAAGCGAUUAGUGCGUUGGAGGCAAACAGCACGUGGGAAAUCGUGGCGAAACCACGACACGCAAAGCUGCUACACUCGAAAUGGGUGUUCAAAACUAAGAAGCAUGUUGAUGGUACUCUGGAAAGGUUCAAGGCCAGGCUUGUU